AUGGCUGCACAUCAGACAUUGCAGUGUGGUCCUGGGAAUCCCCAGGAAGGCCGGGGACCGCAGCUGCCACCGUCUGCACUGCCCCAGGGAAGCCUUCCUGGCAGGCAGGGACAGGACUCGGAGAUGUGGCACGUAGCCUUCAGAGCCUUCACCAGCUCGGAGGACUCAGACCCAGUCCAGGAUCUGCAGAAACUCUCUGAGCUCUGUCGUCUGUGGCUGAGGCCGGACCUGCACACCCCAGAACAGAUUCUGGACAAGCUGGUGUUGGAGCAGUUCAUGAUCUCCAUGCCCCUAGAGCUCCAGGUCUUGGUCAAGGAUUAUAACGUGCAGAGUUGCAAAGACUUGGAAGACAUUCUGAGACGUCAGGAGAAACCUAAGACAUGGACCAUAGUCACCAUCGAAGGACAGAAGUUUCUUGUGCCAAAUUCAGAUGUCCAGAUGGCUGGAGUGGAAGUUGGUGAUGAGGACCCUGUGAUGGGCUUGUCCAUGAAGUCCCGGUCCUUCAUGUGUGAGGCGGAGGUACAUGGCAAGAACAGCCAGGAGGUCAGCCAGGAGCCAGAGAAUCAGCCAGAAAUCAAGGAUGUGUCAAGGGAGCAGGGACAGACAGCUCUCUCGCCAGAGACCAUCCCUGAGGAAGGCAACCUGGUGAGAGUGAGACCCACACAGAUCCUAGAGGAGGACUUGAUGGAAGAUCAGGAGGAGAUGGCAGUGCUUGCACCUCCAGAGACUCAGCGUCUGGGGUGUCCUGAUUGCAAGAAAACAUUUAUUUAUGAAUCACAGUUAACAAUUCACCAGAGGUCGCACACUGGAGAGAGGCCCUUCCAGUGCCAGCUUUGUCCAAAGAAGUUCACACAACCUUCAGAUCUGCGAGUUCACCAGCGAGUCCACACGGGUGAGAAGCCCUAUAGCUGUCAGAUCUGUGGAAAGUCCUUCGCCCAUGAAUCCACGCUGCGAGGCCACCAAAAGGUCCACACGGGGGAGAAGCCGUACUCAUGCAAGAUCUGUCAGAAGCGUUUUGGCCACAAGGGGAACUUCAACGUCCACUUGCGCACCCACACGGGCCUCAGGCCCCACCGCUGCCCUGAGUGUGGCCAGGACUUCCGUCAGGUGGGGGCUUUGAAACGCCACAAACAAACACAUUUGAACGUGACUCCCUGA